AUGUCAUCUUUCCCCAUAUCAAGGCUAUCGAGGCACGGGCUGAAAGGAGCUAAGAAUCUUCCCACAGUCUCUUCACAAACUUCGCUAUCGGCUCGAGCGUAUGCAACUCCGUCGAAGCAAAAACGCAGGACCGCUAUUGUCACAAGAUCUAGUCAAGGAAUAGGCAAGGCAAUAGCUCUCCGUUUGGCAGAAGAUGGGUACGAUAUUUUAGUCAACGAUGUUCAAACAAACGAGACGGGAGUGCUCGAAGUUGUGAAAGAGGUGAAAUCAUUGGGACGGAAUGCCUUUCCCUAUCUCGCAGAUGUCUCCAAGCUGAAUGAGGUCGAGCGGAUGGUCGAGACCUCUGUUUCAGAACUUGGGCCUCUCAAUAUAAUGAUCACGAAUGCUGGCAUUGCCGGUUUUGGAUCUCACCGAGCAGGAUGUGCAUCGAAUGUUCGAAAUAAACAUAGCGUUGCGGCCUUCAAACCAAGCCACAUGUUGUCUCAUUACACUGCGUCCAAGUGGGCCGUCCGUGGCUUGACAAUAUCUUUCGCACUAGAAAUAGCAGCCCACAAAAUCACCGUCAACGCAUAUGCUCCUGGCGUUGUCGGCACUGCUAUGUGGGAUCUCAUAAACGAAGAGAUGGGCAAAAAAACGGGCGCGAAGAAAGGCGAAACGAUCAAGAAAUGGUCGGAAGAGUUGAUUGCUCUUGGAAGAACCAGUGUGCCUUCAGAUGCUUCCAAUCUAGUAAGCUUCCUAUCUGAUCCGGACUCCGACUAUACGACCGGCCAAACAAUUCUCGUAGAUGGUGGUAUGGUCUAUACCUAUGGAAGAACUCUAUGA